AUGGGAAAGGAAAAGACACACAUCAACAUCGUCGUCAUUGGACACGUAGAUUCUGGCAAGUCCACAACAACCGGACAUCUCAUCUACAAAUGUGGUGGGAUCGACAAACGUACCAUCGAAAAAUUCGAGAAGGAAGCUGCCGAGAUGGGAAAGGGUUCCUUCAAAUACGCUUGGGUCUUGGACAAACUGAAGGCUGAGCGUGAACGUGGUAUUACCAUUGACAUUUCCCUGUGGAAAUUUGAGACCAGCAGGUACUAUGUCACCAUUAUUGAUGCCCCUGGCCACAGAGACUUCAUCAAGAACAUGAUCACUGGUACUUCUCAGGCUGACUGCGCUGUGCUUAUUGUUGCUGCCGGUGUUGGUGAGUUUGAGGCUGGUAUCUCAAAGAAUGGACAAACUCGUGAACAUGCUCUUCUGGCCUACACUCUGGGCGUGAAGCAGCUUAUUGUUGGUGUUAACAAAAUGGAUUCCACUGAGCCACCAUACAGCCAGAAGAGAUACGAGGAAAUUGUAAAGGAAGUCAGCACUUACAUCAAGAAAAUUGGUUACAAUCCCGAUACUGUUGCCUUUGUACCCAUCUCUGGUUGGAAUGGUGACAACAUGCUUGAACCCAGUGCCAAUAUGCCAUGGUUCAAGGGAUGGAGCAUCACCCGCAAAGAGGGAAAAGGCAGUGGAACCACUCUGCUGGAAGCUCUUGACUGCAUUCUGCCACCUAGCCGCCCCACUGACAAGCCUCUUCGUCUGCCUCUGCAGGAUGUGUACAAGAUUGGUGGUAUUGGUACAGUACCAGUUGGCCGUGUUGAAACUGGUAUCCUGAAGCCAGGUAUGGUGGUUACCUUUGCUCCAGUCAAUGUAACAACUGAAGUAAAGUCUGUGGAAAUGCACCAUGAAGCUUUGAGCGAGGCUAUGCCCGGUGACAAUGUUGGUUUCAACGUAAAGAACGUUUCCGUUAAGGAUAUCCGUCGUGGUAACGUUGCUGGUGAUAGCAAGAAUGACCCACCUAUGGAAGCUGGUAUAUUCACUGCACAGGUCAUUAUCCUGAACCACCCAGGACAGAUCAGUGCUGGCUAUGCGCCUGUGCUGGAUUGCCAUACUGCUCACAUUGCCUGCAAAUUUGCUGAGCUGAAGGAGAAGAUCGACCGUCGUUCUGGUAAGAAACUGGAAGAAAACCCCAAGUCCCUGAAAUCUGGUGAUGCUGCCAUCGUUGACAUGGUCCCUGGCAAGCCCAUGUGUGUGGAGAGCUUCUCUGACUAUCCUCCCCUUGGUCGCUUCGCUGUGCGUGACAUGAGGCAGACUGUUGCUGUUGGUGUCAUCAAGGCUGUCGAAAAGAAGGCAGCAGGUGCUGGCAAAGUCACAAAGUCUGCUCAGAAGGCUCAAAAAGCCAAAUGA